AGUGCACCCGGAGAUUGGGCUAUAAAUGUACAGCAUAAAAAUAUAUGAAUAUAAUUUCCGGAUUAUUAUCUAAGUACCUACCUACUUAAUACUUUUCCGACUUUUUUUUUAUGCCCGUCAAAUACUUACCGAUUUAUUCAUUCCUACGUAAUAAUUGUUCGCGUGUAAUUUUUCUAGAGUGUAAUGCUUUAGAUCGUAGAAUCGUACGGCGUCCGUGGAGGUAGGACGAACAGAAUUUAUUCCUUCUGUUGGGGACCAUUUGGUAGCUUGUAACUAUGUACCGAUGGAACGAACAAAAAUACUCAUUACUGAUUUAUAGUCCAAGACCGUGAUUACGGGAGUUCCGCGUAUCACUAGUCGGUUGUCUUUUGUUUUCGUCGUAGCUUAGGCUAUAAAGAAUAUUAUUUUUUUUUCCGUGUGUGUUUGUCUGGCUAAAUAAUAAAUAGGUAGCCACUUUUCAGACAUUCAUUUUUAGGGCCGUUCUUACAAUAUCCGGUUAAACUUAACCGACACUUAACCGGCCGAAUUCUGCCGGUAAUAAAAUCUGUUAUCAGUCGGUUAGUGUUGACCGACACUACCGGAUACUGUAAGAACGGCCCUUAAUAAUACAAAUAAUAUCUCAUUAAAUUUGUGACUGUGAAAUCAAAAAGUUAUGUUUUUCUUGGUUUCAUUCGUGUUCUUUGUACAGUACUCGGCGAGAUUGCAGUAGACAUAAUAUGCAAUAUACUUGAAGCAUACUAUACCUUUAAAAAAUAUGACACUCGAUACCUAACCACCUAACUAUUCUACGGAUGACUGGAUUAACUACUACGAGAAAACUUACAUCUCUUAACACAAUCAUCGGUCUAUACGAGACCGGAAUACAGGUGUCGUAUACAUUCCAAGACUGAGUGAACGAGGCUACCCAUGUCCAUUGAUUGAGUUCUCUUUUCUGAGUUCCAACUACAUACAAUACAGAUAACUGUCUAUUGAUGAGGCUAACAUCUUGGCAAAUUGGUCUCGGUGGUUGCGCUUUUAUAUUUAUUAUUUUAACUUUAUUUUUGAUAAUAAUAUAAAACACUACGUUUUAAAAAUGCACAAGUGUAUAGUCUGCGAUAAUACAUCUAAUAACACCAAGGUCAAUCGUCCAGGAGUUAUUUCUCAUGGAUGAGUAUCAAUUAGUUCUAAGAAUUUACUCGCUCAAACUGUUGUGAAAAAAACUCACAUGGAUUUUUGAAUCACAUUAUUAACAUGGUUCAUUAUCCUGGUGCUGGAUACUGUGAAAUAAUUUUAAACCAGUUUAGCCUAAUAAUUUCUACUUUGUGUGAUUUAUCUAACCUAACAUUGGUAUUUAUUGUAUUGAUUGAUAUUUGUUUUAAUAUAGAAUUCCCAAGAAUGAAUACAUGAGAAGAAAAUGGCUUAAAGUUUUUGGAAUUGAUCGUUGUUAUGAUUGGCAACGUAUAUGUAGUGAUCAAUUUUUGGAAGAAAACUAUAAGCCAGGAAAAAAGCGAUUUUUAUUUUCAAAUACUAUUCUCCAACCUUAUGAUCGAAAUGGUUUUCCUUCUAAUUAUGUUACUCAAAGUAAUGAUGUUGAAAAUGGUAAUUAUGUAAUUUUACCAAUGGAACAAAAUAUUAUAAAGGAGGAACAUAUUGGAAAUGCUGUUGUAAAUAAUUUUAAAUCACCAAGACGAUCAUCUAGACUUAUUAGAAGUAAUGAGGAUAUGAGUAAUAUAAAUGUGCUGGUCAGUAAAUAAGUAUUAAUAUUUUUCAGGUCAAUACAGUCUGAUAUCUUUAUAUUUUCCAUGCUUUCCUUAUUGAAUAUGUAGGGCCUUAGUCUUCAACGGCCUGGAUUCUCUUCUUUAGUAAUUUAGUGCUUCUAAUAAGACAUCAGUAAUAUUAUUGUUCACUUAUAUUUAUGAAAUGGUUAGUAGUUUGACCAUCAAUGUGUGUACUAAUUUUGGAAAACUCGAAAAUAUAAUUUUUAGCCACUACUAGUGUAUUGUUAGGAAAUACCUACUGUAAUUAAACGGGGAUCUGUGUGAUUCAUUUAAGCAUUUAACUAUAGUGUCAUGGUCUUUUGUGAAAAGAAAACCAGUCCUACUAUUUUUCUGAAUUUCCAACGAAGACGCAGUAACUGCAUCUUAUUGUAUAGAACGUCUUUGGUUAAUUUUUGCUACUAUCCAUUUCGUUGGUAAUCCAGAAAAAUAGUAAACCAGAUUGAAAAAAAAAAAAUUGUAAAAUUGAGUUAUGUAUAGUUUUUGUUGCAGCAGUCUAUAUAUUAAAUUACAUAAUUAUUCCCUUUUGUUAUACGUGACAGUAUGAAUUUCUAUUUUAAAGUAGCAACUGAACAUUUUUGAUAUAUUUUAAUGCGUACAUAAUAUAAACCAAUGUUUUGUAAAAUAUAAAAUCAAAAUGGUCAACUAAUAACGCCCAAACAAAGCUGUGUGUAUAUUUACUAUAAGAAAAUAAUCAUUGUAUCAUAAUAUACCAAUAAAUAUGUAGGUACACACAACUUGUUUUGCAUCAUAUACUGUACAGCCAAAGAGGUACUGAGAAUCAUUGAUUGUAAAAUAUAUUAAUAAUUGUUCUUAGCUUGCACCUGAACAAUAUUGCAAUGGUUGGAAAAGGUUAGCUGGGUUAUCAAGUGUUCUAUAGAAGUGAGUAGUAUUCUGACUCUUGUUAUUCACAACCAGUACUCUGUAGUUCAUUAUUUUGGUUACAAAGACAUGGAAGGAUCCAUACCCUCUAGUUUAUACAAAAAAUAGUCUUUAGACUAUCCUAAAUAUAUAGACUAUAAAAACUAGACUAUUGAAUGUUAUAUCACUAAAAUAUGUAAAUAUCUCAUAUUAUAUUUUCAUUUGUACUUAAUAAUUGGCAACCUAGCUGUUUCUAAUAUUAAUAUAUUUUUUUAAUAUGAAUUAUGUGUUUAAAUUUUAAAGGACCAUACUUUAGGAUCUGGAUUACGAUCAUAAACAUAAACAUUUUAACUAUGAAACUUUUGUGGUACAUGUUUUACAUAUUUUGACAUUUAGAGUUUUGAUUAAUAACAAAAUAAAUUAAUACGUGUCCUCGUAGGUGUAAACAGUUAUCCCAGGGAAUUAAUUUUUUUCUUAUAGAUUAAAACUACAGAAAACACAAAUUAUUAUUUAGGUAGGUACCUACCUAAAUAAAAUUCCUUUUAGGAUACAUUUUUGAUGUUAAGAGGACGUAACAGACAUUUGUUGUCUCCGUCUUACAAGUGCGUAACAUACUAAAUGUAUGCUUAACAGAUAACGUUUAGCUUUGUUAUUUUAAAAAUUAGAGUGAAUCAACUUGUUAUAAAAGUUGAAGGUAAAAACAUUAUCAGUGUUUGUAAAGUGUUUUUUUUUUACGAUUAUACAGUAUUUAAAUGAGUUAUAAGCAUUUUUAAUUUAUUUUAUACUAUUAUAAUUUGUUAAAAAAUUGAACUAUCGUAAACUAUGGCAAGAACGUUAUCUGUGUUCGUAUGUUAGUUACACAUAUAAUGUUCUUACCGUUAAGUUUCAUAAUAGGUCGAUUGACUCUAAUUUUUAAACUAACAGAGCUAAACGUUAUCUGCUGUGCGUAAAU